AUGGUCACGUACCAGAAGUCAGUUGAUAGAUUACCAGUCAAGACUGCAUGUGUAGACCUGAGGCACGCGGUAGGCCAGAAACAUGCCCGCCGCCAUGCCAGAUCCACCUUUCCGGAUACUGUCGCGAGGCCCCUUUUUGUUCCUGGGCGUGCUCUUCUCAGCCUUGAACAGGAAGUCCAUGAGCUGACUAGUCUGCGGGUGGUGCAAUCUGGAAUGAGGACGGCGACUCGAUGCAACGGCAGUCAGGCAAAGGUCGCCAGUUCCGUCGAUGCAGUCGUUCUGGACGAUGAAGGUUGGGGUGGCCGGCCGAAAAGGUGGGGUGGAUGGUCACAUCCAAAAGAUGCUCUACCGCCGGAUGGUCCCGCCAGAUGUGGACGCCAGAUCGGGCCCCACCCAGGAAAAGCACAGAUCUCCGGCACACGCCCCACCCCGGGUCGGAAGCUGUCUGCUGGGCCUCUUCCGUCUCCUGCAUCCUUCAUCAACUUCUGGCCUUUCGGUCUUCAUCUACCAGUCCAGAUCCGGCACCCCGGUCACUCCACAUUUUCAUCGCUCAGUCUGGACCUGGUCUAG